CGUCAGGAUCGAGUUAGCACGACAUGCGUCCGCAGUCGCCAGUUCCAACUAAGGUGGUGAAGAAGCCGCCCCAUGCAAUCCUUGACGGUUUACUCUCCGCGUUGAUCGUGGUGGAGUGCAUCGUAGUGGUUGGAGUGUUGCCCCUUGAUCUGCUGGGGUUGCUGGGGGGGCUGCUUGCAGUUGUGGCCGUUGCCGUUGGGGUCACGAAAAGAUCGUUCUGUGUGGGGGGACGAUACAUCUCCCAGCGAUUUCUCAAGCAUUUGGGCGACCCACUCAAGAAGGACGUGACCAUGCGCAAGUUCACCGACCAAUCGUGGCAACUGGUCAUUCACGCGUCCAUGACAGUGUUGGAGCUGUACGUCUUGCAGGACGAAGCGUGGUGGAGCGAUACAACGACACUUUGGAAUUCCGCCCGACCAACCUGCGAUUACUCCCAACACAAGCUUAUGACCACAUUAUUGUACAUGGCUCAACUGGCUAUUUGGCUGUACACGGCGUUCUCGUGCAAGUUUCUCGAAGAAGUGCGCAAGGACUACUUGGUCAUGAUGGCCCAUCACGUGGUGACGAUUGCGUUGGUCACGUUGAGCUUUGUGAUGAACUACUUGCCCAUCGGUGUGCUCGUGCUCCUUCUCCACGACGCAUCGGACGUGCCGUUGGAUCUGCUCAAGAUGGCAAACUACCUCAAACUUGAAGCCCGCCAGGGGUUCUACAUCACUGAAGUGCUGUUUGCAAUCAUGCUGAGCGUGUGGUUGUACUGCCGGGUGUACAUGUUCCCAACCAAAAUCAUCCGCUCCAGUAUGUGGGAAAGCCGAGCUGCCUGCGCUGUGCCGCUCGAAACGUGGGACUUCACAAUUUCGUGGCUCGGGUUCAACUUGAUGCUGUUGGCCUUGUAUGCCCUGCACAUUUGGUGGACGUUUCUACUGCUUCGAUUGCUCUACAACGCGCUCAGCAACAGUGGGGUCCACACCGCCGCCGAGGUGGAGUACGAAGGCAGGUCGGAUUCUGACAAGGAAGAUUAAGUGCAUUCAUGUUGAGCUGAAGUUGUACAACAUGCUAGGCAUGGUUACAGUAGCCUUAUUCACACUAAAUCAUACUUCGAAGUAGUUGGCGAGCU